AUGCGCCCGGCCCACGGGCCCUGCGGCUCGCCGCGCCUCUCCUCGCGCUCCUCCUCCCGGAGCAGCCCCGAGCCGAGCGGAGACCGAGGCGGCGCCGGGACGCGCUCCUGCCGCCGUGGCCGCGGCCCGACUGACGCCCGAGCGCGCCGAGCCCCCAGCCCGCCGCCGCGGCCCGCGCCUCCCCGCGCGCCCAUUGGCCGGGCGCGGCGCAUCAAAGGCGAGGCGGGCCGCGGAGGGGGCGGGCCGGGGGCGGGGCGCGCGCCACCUCCGGCCGCCAGGGGCCGCCGCGCGCAGCCGGCCGCACCCUGCGCGCGCGGCGGGCCCCCUCUCCCGCCUCCUGAGCGCCGGCCGCUCGUCGCCCCGCCGCCGCCGCUCUCGGGCCUCGGCCGGGCUGCGCGCUUCCUCCCCCAGGGGUCGCGCCGCCGGCGCACGCCGCCCCCCUGCCUCGCGGCGCGGGCUCUCGCGGGCCCCGCUCCCGCCCUCCGCUCGCCUGGCCCGGACCGGAAGCGGCGCCGCACGGCCUGGGCCUGGCGCGGGGGGCGGGCACCGGGGCCCGGGCCGGGCGGCUCGGGCGGGCGGCGGGGGCCAGUCCAGCCCGGCCCUGCCUCCGUCGCAGAGUACGUGGAGAAGCCGCUGAAGCUGGUCCUCAGAGUGGGCGGGAGCGAAGUCACCGAGCUCUCCGCGGGCAGCUCGGGGCCCGACUCCAGCCACUUCGAAGACAGAAUCGACCACGACAAGCACAAGGACAGGAAGCGCAAGAAGAGAAAGAAGGGGGAGAAGCAGGCUGCGGGGGACGAGAAGGGGAGGAAGCGCCGGCGGGUGAAGGAGGAUAAAAAGAAGCGAGAUCGGGACCGUGCAGAGAAUGAGGCAGAAAAAGACCUCCAGUGUCAGUCCCCUGUAAGAUUAGACGUGCCUCCUGAGAAGACUCUCGCAAGCUCCUUAGCCAAACAAGAAGAAGUAGAACAGACACCCCUUCAAGAAGCUUUGAAUCAACUGAUGAGACAAUUACAGAGAAAAGACCCAAGUGCUUUCUUUUCAUUUCCUGUGACUGAUUUUAUUGCUCCUGGCUACUCCAUGAUCAUUAAACACCCAAUGGAUUUUAGUACCAUGAAAGAAAAGAUCAAGAACAAUGACUACCAGUCCAUAGAAGAACUAAAGGAUAACUUCAAACUCAUGUGUACUAAUGCUAUGAUUUACAAUAAACCAGAGACCAUUUAUUAUAAAGCUGCAAAGAAGCUAUUGCACUCAGGCAUGAAAAUUCUUAGCCAGGAAAGAAUUCAGAGCCUGAAGCAGAGCAUAGACUUCAUGGCCGACUUGCAGAAGAGCCGAAAACAGAAAGACAGAACAGACGCCUCGCAGAGUGGGGAGGACAGCGGCUGCUGGCCAAGAGAGAGGGAAGACUCUGGAGACACGGAAGCACAAGCCUUCAAGAGUCCCAGCAAGGAGAACAAAAAGAAAGACAAAGAUAUGCUUGAAGAUAAAUUUAAAAGCAAUAAUUUAGAAAGAGAGCAGGAGCAGAUUGACCGCAUUGUUAAAGAAUCUGGAGGAAAGCUGACCAGACGGCUUGUUCACAGUCAGUGUGAGUUUGAAAGAAGAAAACCAGAUGGAACCACAACGUUGGGACUUCUCCAUCCUGUGGAUCCCAUUGUGGGAGAACCAGGCUACUGCCCUGUGCGACUGGGGAUGACGACUGGAAGGCUUCAGUCGGGAGUGAACACGCUGCAGGGGUUCAAAGAGGAUAAGAGGAACAGAGUGACUCCAGUGUUAUACUUGAAUUAUGGACCCUAUAGUUCUUAUGCACCGCACUAUGACUCCACGUUUGCAAAUAUCAGCAAGGGCGAUUCUGAUUUAAUCUAUUCAACCUAUGGGGAAGACUCUGAUCUUCCGAGCGAUUUCAGCAUCCAUGAGUUUUUGGCCACAUGCCAAGAUUAUCCAUAUGUUAUGGCAGAUAGUUUACUGGAUGUUUUAACAAAAGGAGGGCAUUCUAGAACCCUGCAAGAGUUGGAGAUGUCAUCACCUGAGGAUGAAGGCCAGACUAGGACUCUCGACACAGCAAAAGAAAUAGAGAUUACAGAAAUAGAACCAGUGGGGCGUUUAGACUCCAGUACGCAGGACAGGCUCACAGCCCUGAAAGCAGUGACAAACUUUGGUGCUGCAGUGGAAGUUUUUGACUCUGAAGAAGCUGAAGUGUUCCAGAAGAAACUUGAUGAGACCACCAGAUUGCUCAGGGAGCUCCAAGAAGCCCAGAAUGAGCGUCUGAGCACCAGACCCCCUCCCAACACGAUCUGUCUCUUGGGUCCCUCGUACAGAGAAAUGCAUCUCGCUGAACAAGUGACCAAUAAUCUUAAAGAACUUGCACAGCAAGUAACUCCAGGUGAUAUUGUAAGCAUGUAUGGAGUUCGGAAAGCAAUGGGGAUUUCCAUCCCCUCCCCCGCCGUGGAAGACAACUUGGUCGAUUUAACAGAAGAUUUUGAAGAACCUAAAAAGAUGGAUGCUGCUGAGUGUGGACCUGAUGGGAUUUGAAAGGAACCGGUAUUUGAUUAUAUAUUAUGUAUAUAUUUUUCAUUCUUAACUUGGAAAUGCUUUUCAGAAGAUAUAAAAUAUUUGUAAAUUGUGUUUUUAAUUAAACUUUGGAACGAUUUUAAUGUUC